AUGGUGGGAAGAACUUGUACUGAACUACCUCCUGGUUUUAGGUUCCACCCAACUGAUGAAGAAUUAAUCAUGUGUUAUCUUCGGAACCAGGCUAGCUCGAGGCCAUGCCCCGUUUCGAUCAUCCCAGAAGUUGAUAUUUACAAAUUCGAUCCAUGGGAAUUGCCUGAAAAGGCAGAAGUUGGAGAAAAUGAAUGGCCCCCAAAGGGCAUCAAAACUGAUUGGAUUAUGCAUGAAUAUCGCUUGAAUGAAUCAAGAUCUCGACCAACUCUCAAACAAAAUGGUUCUAUGAGGUUGGAUGAUUGGGUGCUAUGCAGAAUCUACAAGAAGAAGAAUUUCGGAAGAGCAACUGCACAAAUUGCAGAGAAUCAUUUUACCAAAACUGUGACCACUGCUACUGAUGCCAGUACUGAACCACAAACCCUAAAAUUUCCAAGGCCUUCUUCUCUAACUCAUCUAUGGGAAUUUGAUUAUUUGGGAUCCAUUUCCCAACUUUUCAGUGACAGUACCUCACAUAAUGCGACUUUCAAUAUUAACCAAGCCCCAUUGAACAGUAAUGGAAAUUCUCCAAGCAUUGUAGAGAAAUAUCAGUUAGGGAAAGUGCAGCAGCCAACUUUUGUGAAUCCAGAUCUGUACGAAUUGCAGGGACAAACAUGGUCUUGA